UCGUGGGCACCAGCUGCGCUCUAUUUUUCUUUUUAUCAAGUCGUCGUCUGCACGUGUUGUUUUGCGAGUUCUAGCGGCGAAAUUUUUUGCGCUGUUGUGUCGCUAGAGCUUGACACAAUGUUGAUUAAUGCUCUCUCCCUCUAAGCAGUUGCUGGUAGCUCCAGAGGAGAGAAAAUGCUGCCCGCCGCAUCACUGCUGGAACGCUGUACGAGGUCUCUCGUCACGAAGUCGAAAUCGACGUUAUUUCGCCGCGCCAUCGCGUCCAGUUCUUCGCGGUUUUGCCGAGACACUUGUGCCAAAGACAACGAAGAAAAGAUCCCCAAGGAUUCGCAGAAGGUGGACUACAAUAAAGGGAAUGUCGCCCAACUGUUUCGUGAGUCGGCGUCGUUCGAUGCUGGACAGCCUCAAAACUCGGAUAUGUGGUCAUCGCCUACCUAUCCCGUGAGCUUCAAGGUUCCCGCUGAAGAGAAAUAUGAGGAGACAAUUCGCAUCGACCCGAAAAACACUAGUGUCAUUUUGUUUCCAGGCCAGGGCUCACAGUUUGUGGGCAUGGGCCGUCACCUGCUCCAGUACCCCAAUGUGAGUGAAAUGUACGAGCGAGCCAGUGACAUCCUCAACUACGAUCUGCAGCUUCUUUGCCUUGAGGGCCCCAAGGAGCAACUCGAUAAGACUGUACACUGCCAGGCAGCUGUGCUGGUCACUUCACUGGCAGCUGUAGAGCGUCUGCGAGCCACGCAACCCUGGGCCAUCGAAAACUGUGUUGCUGCAGCUGGAUUCAGCGUUGGAGAAUAUGCAGCCCUUGUAUUCAGCCAGUCCAUUUCCUUUGAGGAUGCUGUGCGACUGGUAAAAAUUCGAGGAGAAGCAAUGCAAGCAGCCUCUGAAAUGGUACCCAGUGGCUUGAUGACUGUCUUCCUGCUGACAACGGCCAAAGCAAGCUUUAUAUGCAAGCUUGCCAAGGAGUGGUGCAUUCGCAAGGGCAUCGAAGACCCAAUAUGUAGUGUGGCGAACUAUUUGUUCCCUCAUUGCAAGGUCAUUGGAGGGCAUGAGGAGGCACUGAAGUUCAUAGAGUUGAAUGCCCGUGAUCUUGGCAUAAAAAAGAUGAAGCGAUUGCCUGUGAGUGGAGCAUUUCACACUGCACUUAUGAAACCGGCUCGUGCACCUCUGGCCAAAGCUCUGCAGGCCGUGCACAUCAAUGCGCCACGCAUAAUGACCCACUCCAACCUUGACGGAAUGGCCUACCGCAACGCGGAUGAAAUACGCCGAAAGUUAGAGGAGCAAAUGAUGAUGCCAGUCAAGUGGGAACAACUUAUUCAAGUGGUUUAUAGUCGAGAAGUUGGUGAAGAGUUCCCUCGUACUUUUGAAUGUGGCCCUGGUACCACACUGAGAGCUGUGCUCAAGAAUGUGAAUGGCAAGGCUUGGAAUGUCUCCGAAAGUAUCAGUGCUUGACUGGUUUCUAUCCCUGUUUCCUUCAGACACUAUAUACUGUAAUAUAUUUUGUGCCACUCCAGUUUCUAUUUUUUUUUUAUCCCAAUAUUUUUAUAUGUUAUACGGUGCCAGAAAAGUUUUUUUUUUCCUCAGAUGUUACAUGCUUCCUAGCACUGUAUUUGUAAAGAUGGCUUAAAUAUUUCCUUGACAUUAGCUCUGAAUCAUCUCGUGGUGACAUGUUGUCCUUACCUAGAAUUUACUUUUUGAUAAGUAGCAGGGGUGGUGCCAGGGAGGGUUGGGGAGGCAGGGGGUGCUUCUGACCUAAAAUUUAAACUUGCCUCCUUCUCUGCCCCAGCUCCAGAAAGCUGACCAUAUGGCUAGCUCUUUCAGGGGGGCCCUGUCCCAAUGAAAGCCCUUCCUCAGUGUAGCUGCCCUUGUAUGUAUGAUGGGGAUGAUUCUACCGAUAAAGUGAAUAUGCAUCAGUAAACUGUUUUGCUUGUCUAUUUUUUUACAAAUGUGCCUAGAAGUAAAGUUAAAUGUGUGUCUGUGUGGAGUGUUCAGAACCUUACAGGGGUAUUUUACUUUAAUACCAUAUUUACUUGAAUGUAACGCUAGUUUUUUUCCAGAUUUUUGCUACCUACAGUUGACCCUCGCGUUACAUCCUAGACACACUGACCCUCACAUUAUAAUUUGUGGUCGUGUUACAGUCGAGUAAAUACGGUGCAUUGCCGUGUUGCGUGCUUAGUAGCAAAACAGUAUGUUGUAGUUCUGUGCAUAGUUCUGUACAUUUUGGUAUUAUAAACAUUAGCAACCGCAUUGUUCCCAGGCUCUUUUUGUGGCUCGUUAGUGCUACCGUUGGAAAUUUUUCAUGGGCAACUCCAUGCACCGUAUGAAAUUAAGAGAACUUAUUUUGGCUUUA